GCACCUGGGCCCCAGAAGAGGGCUGCUAGUCGCCCCGCAGCGCUGGCGGAGGAGGAGCCGUGCCCCUCCCGUCCUGACCGCGCCCCCCGGCGGACCAUUGCCCUUCCAGCUGCGGGCUGCCCCGGGGAGUCGUGACCGCGCACCGUUCUGAAUCCGGUGGCGGCGGUAUUGGAGGAGCAGACUCGGAGGAGUAGGUUGUGGAAGUUGGGGGAGAGCUGCACUGGGGAAUUUCCGGAGCUGGAACUGAUUUAGGGAGGAAGGAGGAGGGGGUCCUAGACUACGGGCGUCCGGGGCAGGGUCUCCGAGCCCGGACCCGGCUUGGGGGCGUCGCAGCCGGGAUUGGGGGGAGCGGGGCCCACGUGCCUGUGACGCGGGGGCGCCCGGUAGGUGGCGGCGGCGACGCGGGGCCGGCGGCCGUGCGGUGCCGGGAGGGCGGCUGGGCAGGAGACAGGAUGCUGCGCGCCGCACUGUCCCUGCUCGCGCUGCCCCUGGCGGGGGCGGCCGAACAGCCCACCCAGAAGCCGGAGUCCCUGGGCGAGCCUCUCCCAGGCUUGGAGCUCUUCCGCUGGCAGUGGCACGAGGUCGAGGCGCCCUACCUGGUAGCCCUGUGGAUCCUGGUGGCCAGCCUGGCCAAAAUCGUGUUUCACCUGUCUCGGAAAGUAACAUCUCUGGUCCCUGAGAGCUGCCUGCUGAUUUUGCUGGGCCUGGUGCUAGGGGGCAUUGUUUUGGCUGUGGCCAAGAAAGCUGAGUACCAGCUGGAGCCGGGUACCUUCUUCCUCUUCCUGCUGCCUCCUAUUGUGUUGGACUCGGGCUAUUUCAUGCCUAGCAGGCUGUUCUUUGACAACUUGGGUGCCAUCCUCACCUAUGCCGUGGUAGGCACACUCUGGAAUGCCUUCACAACAGGUGCUGCCCUCUGGGGCUUGCAGCAGGCUGGACUUGUGGCCCCUAGGGUGCAGGCUGGCUUAUUGGACUUCCUGCUGUUUGGGAGCCUCAUCUCGGCGGUGGACCCCGUGGCAGUGCUAGCUGUCUUUGAGGAGGUGCACGUCAAUGAGACUCUCUUCAUCAUCGUCUUUGGCGAGUCCCUGCUCAACGAUGCAGUCACCGUGGUGCUGUACAAGGUCUGCAACUCCUUUGUGGAGAUGGGCUCUGCCAACGUGCAGGCCACUGACUACCUGAAGGGAGUCGCCUCCCUGUUUGUGGUCAGUCUGGGCGGGGCAGCCGUGGGCUUAGUCUUUGCCUUCCUCCUGGCCCUGACCACACGCUUCACCAAGCGGGUCCGCAUCAUCGAGCCGCUGCUGGUCUUCCUCCUUGCCUAUGCAGCCUACCUCACUGCUGAAAUGGCCUCGCUCUCCGCCAUUCUUGCGGUGACCAUGUGUGGCCUGGGCUGUAAGAAGUAUGUGGAGGCCAACAUCUCCCAUAAGUCACGCACGACUGUCAAAUAUACAAUGAAGACUCUAGCCAGCUGUGCUGAGACUGUCAUCUUCAUGCUGCUUGGCAUCUCAGCUGUGGACUCUUCUAAGUGGGCCUGGGAUUCUGGGCUGGUGCUGGGCACCCUCAUCUUCAUCCUGUUCUUCCGAGCCCUCGGCGUAGUCCUGCAGACCUGGGUGCUGAAUCAGUUCCGGCUAGUCCCUCUGGACAAGAUUGACCAAGUGGUGAUGUCUUAUGGGGGCCUGCGGGGGGCUGUGGCCUUUGCUCUCGUCAUCCUACUGGAUAGGACCAAGGUCCCUGCCAAGGACUACUUUGUAGCCACCACUAUUGUGGUGGUCUUCUUCACAGUCAUCGUGCAGGGCUUGACCAUCAAGCCACUGGUCAAAUGGCUGAAGGUGAAGAGGAGUGAGCAUCAUAAACCUACCCUGAACCAGGAGCUGCAUGAGCACACUUUUGACCACAUUCUGGCUGCAGUGGAGGACGUUGUGGGGCACCAUGGCUACCACUACUGGAGGGACAGGUGGGAGCAGUUUGACAAGAAAUACCUGAGUCAGCUGCUGAUGCGACGGUCAGCCUACCGCAUCCGGGACCAGAUCUGGGAUGUGUACUACAGACUCAACAUCCGGGAUGCCAUCAGCUUUGUGGACCAGGGAGGCCACGUCUUGUCUUCCACAGGUCUCACUCUGCCCUCUAUGCCCAGCCGCAAUUCCAUGGCAGAGACUUCUGUCACCAACCUGCUGAGGGAGAGUGGCAGUGGAGCGUGUCUGGAUCUGCAGGUGAUUGACACGGUACGCAGCGGCCGGGAUCGCGAGGAUGCUGUGAUGCAUCAUCUGCUCUGCGGAGGCCUCUACAAGCCACGCCGUAGGGAUAGAGCUAAGGACAGAACCUUGUGGCAUGCUACUAAAGACUUUCCUCCAGUCUUACAUGGAUCAAGCGUUUUCGGGUACAAAGCCAGCUGCAGUCGCCACUUCAUCUCAGAGGAUGCGCAGGAGCGGCAGGACAAGGAGGUCUUCCAGCAGAACAUGAAGCGGCGGCUGGAGUCCUUUAAAUCCACCAAGCACAACAUCUGCUUCACCAAGAGCAAGCCACGACCCCGCAAGACUGGCCGCAGGAAGGAUGGUGUGGCGAAUGCUGAGGCUACAAAUGGGAAACCUCGAGACCUGGGCUUUCAGGACACAGCUGCUGUGAUAUUAACCGUGGAGUCUGAGGAGGAGGAGGAGGACAGCGACAGUUCAGAGACAGAGAAGGAAGACGAUGAGGGCAUCAUCUUUGUGGCUCGGGCCACCAGUGAGGUUCUCCAAGAGGGCAAGGUCUCAGGAAGCCUUGAAGUGUGCCCGAGCCCACGAAUCAUUCCCCCCUCCCCAACCUGUGCAGAGAAGGAGCUCCCCUGGAAGAGUGGGCAAGGGGACCUGGCUGUGUACGUGUCCUCGGAAACCACCAAGAUUGUGCCUGUGGACAUGCAGACAGGCUGGAACCAGAGCAUGUCAUCCCUGGAGAGCCUAGCAUCUCCUCCCUGUAACCAGGCCCCAACUCUGACCUGCCUGCCUCCCCAUCCACGGGGCGCUGAAGAGCCCCAGGCCCCUCUCUACCCGCCUUCUGAUCCACACCCUAGCUUUGCCUUCCCCCCGAGCCUGGCCAAGGCUGGCCGCUCUCACAGUGAGAGCAGUGCUGACCUCCCCCAGCAGCAGGAGCUGCAGCCUCUUAUGGGCCACAAGGACCAUACCCAUCUCAGCCCAGGCACUAACUCCCACUGGUGUAUCCAGUUCAACAGAGGCAGCCGGCUGUAGCCCAGGGUCUUGGGGAGGAGUAGGAGGUGGAAUCCCUGUGGGAAAUGCUCCCUGGGCGAUGGGAAGAAUCCUUGCAACUUGACAUGAGGCCAGAGGGGUCUGGGCUGAAGUAGCAAUUGGGCUUCCUUGGGGCUGGUCAUAGGGGUCACCUGAGCUGGUCCUCACAGGGCCCUUUCUCACCACCUCCCUGCUCCUAAUCCCUGCCACCUUCCAUUUCAGUAAGGCCUCUACUCUGGCUCCAGAUCCAGUCCAGGCCUCCUAGGGGCUAGGCCCAGAGACUUGGGUUGCUGGUCCCCCUUCCCUAGUGGGUUUUCCCGGAGACUUUAUAGGCAGCUGCUCCUGCCCCGAAAGCUAGGGCAUCAUUCCUCAGUGAAUGCCAGCUUUCCCUGUCCCCAUUCCCUCCCCAGCACUGGGUCAGUGGUGCCCUGACAGUGAGGCUUCGUGAGGGGCUGGCCCUCAGAGGAACUGGAGUGGGAAGUGAGGCAGGCCUCAACCUUGGGCUUUGCUGCCCUGCUGGGUCAGCUACCCAUAGUCCAUUUUUUUUAGGGCAGUGGGAACCUCUGCUUCCAAUUCCUGCUUUAGCCCCUUCCCUUUGCUGUCAGGUAUUGGGGUAAUAGUUCCUCCUUUUCUAAGACCAAGACUAGGGGGCCGGGCCACACUUCAGUUCAAGACCGCUGCUGAGCUGGGGUCAUUCUGGGAUCUGCUGCUCUAGGUCCAAGUCUGGACCUUUCUGAUCCUUGGGUCUGGGUUUUUUGAGGAGGGGACAUAGUGGCCUCUGGGCUGUCAUCUUACCACCUGAACAUUCCCCAGAAAAGGAACCCAGUAUCUCAGGGCCACUGCUCCAUUGCUCUGGGGGCUGGGACGCCUGACUAAGCUGGGACGCCUGGCUAAGCAGGGGCUGACUGGGUGGCAGGUGAUUUUCCAGGGGUUAGCACCUGCCUUGUGUUUUGUACCUUGACCCUAAGAUACAUUAAACAUCUCUCAGAUGGA